AUGAGCGAUCCACCUACACGACAGUCAUCGAUAGAGGCAUGGGUGCUCAUGUCGCUUGUAUACAAGGAUCUGGACGACUUUGACUAUCGCAAUGCGCUCAUGUUAGCAGAACGACUUUAUGCGAUCGACCAGACAAACGAAGACUACCGCUUCUUAUACGCCAAAUGUCUCCAUCUCUUGAACGAUUACGAUGGCAGUUAUGCUGUCCUGAAAGGAUCCGAGUCCAUUGUGUGUCGCCAUUUGUUUGCUCGCAGUUGUCUUGACCUCGGUAACCGACAAGUGGCCUCGUUUAGCGAUCGGCAAGCGUAUUGGAGUGAAGGCGUCAAAGCGUUGCAUGGCGCUCUCGAGUUGUACAACCAACAGCACCCAUCGGAUCAUCAUUGGAGCAACGACUUGAAGAGUACAAUGAGACGUAGCCAUUUACCGAGUCGUGGAUCCAUUUGCAAUCUUCUUGGGGAACUUUAUGCAAAGCUGGAAAACAUUCGAGCAUCUUCAAUCUAUCUAUGGCAGGCACUCAAUGACAGCCCAUUCAAAAUAUCCGCAUACACCAAUCUUUGUGAUAUUGCUCCUGAUAUUGCAAACUUUGAUCUUGCAGCAACAACCAAUCCUUCAUCAUCAUCAUCAUCAUCAUCAUCACCGUCCUCCUCUUUACCUUUUGCAUCACCGGAUGAUCUCUUUAAAGACUUUUCCCCUCGUACAACUCUUUUUGAUUCAACAACAGCAACAGCACAGCAUCCUUCAUUACCCACAUCAUCUAUGCACGGCAUUGAAGAUCAACCAUCCAUCAAUGUACUCGAUAAGCCAUCGCUUGGAUUAUAUAUGCCAUCUCUACGUAAAGGCCACAGUGACAACAUUUCAUUGGAUCAGCUUCGUUCACUUGUACACUACUCUCACAAGAUGCGUGACACUGAUCUAUCGGGUAUUCAACCUCAUCGGAGUGACAUUGAAGAGCGAAAGGAUGCCGAUAUUGAAAUGAUCGAUCUGGAUAUCAAAAAGAUGAAAACAGAGGAGGCGUACAGGAACAAACAUGGCUUGCACAAGAAACCUCCCAAAGACAAACCACAGCAACUUGAAGUCGAAUUACCAGAAUUGGAUGAUUUGGAUUUCCUCGACACAGCAAAACCGCUAAAGUUACCGAGUCCGCUAAGAGUAAAUCAGCAAAAGGAGGGAAGUUUAGCUAAACCUGCCACCAAAUUGACAAGAUUACGAAAAGGCAAGAAACGAUUACGAGAAGAAGGGGACGAGGAUCAAGAUUUGUCUGCCAUAUUUGCCAUUGAUGGAUCGACGUCUCAGAAACCGAGUAGCGAUGAUGGUGGCCUGUCAACCCAAUCUGUGAUUCGUGCAAUGAACAAGGUGAUGGGUGUGCUACGCACUCUUGCAAGAGGAUACAUGUACCAUUCUUUCUAUCAUUGUCGGGAGGCUGCAUUGUCACUGCAAAAGCUGGAUGAUCGACAAUACGACACUCCUCGUGUGUUAUGCAUUCUUGGCAAGGCGUAUUACGAUGCUGGUGAUUAUGAAAGUGCUCGGAUAUUCUUUUGUCGUUCAUUUUACAUUGCUCCCUGGUUCUGUGAUGGCAUCCCAAUCUAUUCGACUUGUUUAUGGUAUCUCGAGCGAGAAAAGGAGCUCAAUCUACUUGCGUAUCACAUGAGGGACAACCGAUCACAUCAAUACGAAGCAUUUGUCGCUGCUGGUAAUUGGAGCAAGUGUGCCAAAGGCGGCAACGAACCAAGCAAAUGGUUCCAAAAGGCGGUGGAUUUGGACCCGGGUCGAUCUUAUGGACAUGCUUUAUUGGGCUAUGAGGAAUGGGAAAAGGGCAAUUGUCUUGGUGCCAAGCUACAUUUUUCAAAUUGCAUGGUGGCGAACAAGCGAUCGUAUUUGGGAUGGUAUGGAAUGGCAACAGCUUACCAAGGCAUGGAACAAUUUGCUCAAGCCAAAGCACUGUUGAUGGAAGCUGCAAGGUUACAUCCAUGGCAACCAGUGGUUCUUUAUACAUUGGCGGAGGUGCUGUAUACUUUGGACGAGUAUGAUGAUGCAUAUCAUGUUGUGUGCAAGGCUCUCGAAGUACGACAUGCUCCGAUUACAGAGAAGCUCAAAGAAAAGAUUGUAUACCGGAUAAACAACCCAUAUCAAGAUCAAGCUUUACUUAUGGAAGAUGAAUAA